CCAAGUUUUCUUGAGUGGAUUCUACUUUCCAGUUAUAGAGAUGAACGAAUGCCUGACCUGUGGUCUGUGGAAGCAGCUGUGGUGCUGGCUGGAGGACUUCUCCUGCCGUCUGCAGGACAGCAUUGUGCUCAAGCUGAUCCUGGCCAUUUGCGUGGCCCUACUGGUGGUGUUCAAUGUGUACUCGGGAUUCGCCAUGGCCAACAGCUGUAAGAGGAGAUCCGCGGAGGGGGAUGACGGUGAUGGAGAUCAUCCAAGGGGCACCUCCCGCAACUUGGACUGCACCCUUCACGUUUCCCCGGAAUCCUACGACUACGGAUGGGAUCGUGGUCCGCACACCUGGAAUACGCCGGCCAACAAUCAGAGUCCCAUCAACAUAGAGCGGAACUGUUUGGAGAUCAACUACUUCAACUCGCCCCUCGUGUGGUGCCAGUACAACGAAGUGCCCCUGGGCAUUCGCCUGGAGAACAACGGGCACACGGUGAUCCUUCGAGCUUCCUUUCCUGGUCGGCCGCCCUCCAUCGAUGGCGGGGAUCUUCUUGGGCGCUUCGACUUCCGGGAAAUCUCCUUCCGCUGGAGCUGGACCAACUCAUACGGCUCGGAGCACACGACGGACAAUCGGCACAGCCCGCUGGAGAUGCAGUGCCUUCACACAGAUGCCUACCAGGAUGGCUGCACCUCCAGCCAGGGCAUCCUGAUGAUUUCCUACUUGUUCGAAUUCUCCGAGGACAAUCCGUUCCUCGACGUCCUCGUCCAGCAUUUGGUGGCUGUUCAGCAGGCGGGCCAGGCGGUGGAAGUGCCCCCCUUUCCGCUGAGCUACCUGAUGCCGGCCUUCUACACCAAGUUCUACAGCUACCACGGAUCCCUCACCGAACCGCCUUGUCACCGCGGAGCGGAGUGGUGGGUCCACCCACCGCCCCUGGCCAUUAGCGAGCGCCAACUGAACGAAUUCCGGCAGUUGAGGAACAGGUACGGAGCUCGGAUCGGACGCAAUGCUAGACCAGUGCAGCCGCUCGAGGAACGAUCGGUCUACCUUAACCGCUACCGAACCGGGUUUUAG